GGCGGUGUGACACUGGUCACCUCCCUUGCAGAGAGGACCAGGAGCCGGCCGCGUUGCUAGGAGCCCAGAAGACGAGAGACAGCUGAGGCAAGAGGUUUCUGGAACUAGAGGGAGGAACAAAGAAGGAACUCUGGCUCCUGGUGGCCCAGGAUCAGCAGAACGGGGCGGGCAGAGUGGAGAGAGAAACCGAGGCGGGGGGAGGGCGCGGGAGGAAAGGGCAAGGAGAGGCAGGAAGGCCGCCAGGACCGGCCCAGGUGCGCUUCCCCCGGCUGCCGGGACAAGCCACCCCGCACAUGGCCUCCAAGCCGGCUGCCGGGAGGAGCCCGGGGGAGAAGCGCAAGAGGGUGGUGCUGACCCUGAAGGAGAAGAUCGACAUCUGCACGCGCCUGGAGAAGGGGGAGAGCAGGAAGGCGCUAAUGCAGGAGUACAACGUGGGCAUGUCCACCCUCUACGACAUCAGGGCGCACAAGGCCCAGCUGCUGCGCUUCUUUGCCAACUCCGACUGCAACAAGGCCCUGGAGCAGCGGCGCACCCUGCACACGCCCAAGCUCGAGCAUCUCGACCGGGUCCUGUACCAGUGGUUUCUGCUCAAGCGCGCCGAGGGCGUGCCCGUCUCCGGCCCCAUGCUCAUCGAGAAAGCCAAGGACUUCUACGAACAAAUGCAGCUGACCGAGCCCUGCGUGUUUUCUGGAGGGUGGCUUUGGCGUUUUAAGGCCAGACACGGCAUUAAAAAGCUGGACGCGUCCAGCGAGAAGCAGGUGGCCGACCACCAAGCGGCUGAGCAGUUCUGUGGGUUUUUCCGGAGCUUGACUGCUGAGCACGGCCUGUCCCCUGAGCAGGUUUACAACGCUGACGAGACUGGCCUCUUCUGGCGGUGCUUGCCAAACCCCACCCUGGAAGGUGGGGCCGCACCUGGCGCCAAGCAGAGCAAGGACAGGCUGACCGUCCUCAUGUGCGCCAACGCCACGGGCUCGCAUAAGAUCAAGCCCCUGGUGAUCGGGAAGGGCAGCGGCCCCCGGGCUUUCCGAGGCAUCCAGCACCUGCCUGUGGCCUACAAGGCCCAGGGGAACGCGUGGGUGGACAGGGAGAUUUUCUCUGACUGGUUCCGUCACAUCUUUGUGCCGUCAGUGAAGGAGCACUUCAGGGCCCUGGGCUUGCCUGAGGACAGCAAAGCCAUCCUCCUGCUCGACAACUCCCGGGCCCACCCGCAGGAGUCCGAGUUGGUUUCUGAUAACAUUUUCACCAUCUUUCUGCCCGCCGGUGUGACCUCCUUAAUUCAACCCAUGGACCAGGGAAUUCGCAGGGACUUCAUGAGGCAUUUCAUCAACCCCCCAGUCACGCUGCAGGGCUUCCACCCCCGUUACAACGUGAACGACGCCAUCGUGAACGUGGCCUGUGCCUGGAAUGCCGUGCCCAGCGACGUUUUUGGCCGUGCCUGGGGGAAGCUGUGGCCCGCGGGGUCGUUGACCGAAGGCUCGUCUUCUGAGGAGGAGCCCGACCACCUCAGGACUAAGCCUCACGCCCAGACGUUUGCGCACGUCCUGGAGCCGGGCAGCAGGCUUCCCUGGGGCGUGGCCACCGAGCAGGGCGGGCCCGGAUGGGCAGCUGGAGAGGGGCGCCCCACUGCUGCAGGCCCAGCUCCUGCCGCGGGGAGUCCAGAGCAGGCCGAGAAGGAGAGCGAGGAGGCGGCCUGGGAGCAGGCAGCCGCAUCCUUCGACGCGCUCGUGCGCUUCGCGGAGAGGCAGCCCUGCUUCACGGCGCAGGAGGCCGGGCAGCUGCACGCGCUGCGCUCCGUGUUCGUGAGGCAGCGGCAGGUGAAGCGGUGGCGGCCGGCUCUCAGGGCCAUGAUCAAGCUCGAGGCCCCCCAGGAUGUGCCCUGCUCAUCCACAGCGGGCGAGGACUGA